CUCAGCUACGAGAGCCAGUCACAGACUGAGAGUGGGCUAAAGACAGAUCUGCAGAUCAGUAAAGAGACAAGAAGACAAGUGUAGAGCAUAAUGGACUUUACUACAGUGAUAUUGGUAGGGUUAGUCUUAGCUCUACUGUUAAUUUUUAGGGUAAAAAACAGUAAAAGGUAUCGAUUGCCUCCAGGACCCACUGCACUUCCUCUCAUAGGAAACCUGCCACAACUGGACAAAAAUGCACCAUUUAAAAGCUUUAUCAAGUUCAGUGAAACCUAUGGUCCUGUGCUGACAUUGUACCUGGGCUGGCAGCGAACAGUUGUCCUGGUAGGGUACGAUGCAGUGAAGGAGGCUCUGGUGGACCAGGCAGAUGACUUCACAGGCAGAGGGCCACUGCCGUUUUUUCUCAAAGCUACCAGGGGCUUUGGUUUGGCGAUCAGUAACGGUGAGCGUUGGCGCCAGCUGCGACGUUUCACACUGACAACCCUCAGAGACUUUGGGAUGGGACGCAAGGGGAUGGAAGAGUGGAUCCAAGAAGAGAGCAAACACUUGAGGGCUCGCAUAGAGACAUUCAAAGCUGCACCCUUUGACCCAACGUUCUUGUUGAGUCGCACUGUGUCAAAUGUGAUCUGCUGCCUGGUGUUCAGCCAACGCUUUGUUUAUGAAGACAAGCAGUUCUUGCACCUCCUCAACAUCAUAUCUGAGAUUUUGAGGUUCAAUAACUGUCCAGUGGGUCAGCUGUACAACAUCUUUCCCUGGCUAAUGGAGCGUCUGCCCGGCCACCAGCACACUGUUUUUGCUCAAAUUGAGGAGAUUAGAGAGUUUAUCAGGAUGAAGAUCCAAGAGCACAAGGAGACUCUGGACCCCAGCUCCCCACGAGACUACAUUGACUGCUUCCUCAUCCGAAUGAACCAGGAAAAGCACAUUCCCACAACUGAGUUCAACUAUGACAACUUGGUGUCAACAGUGUUGAAUCUGUUCCUGGCAGGAACAGAAACCACCAGCUCCACCAUCAGAUAUGCCCUCAGUGUGCUGAUCAAAUACCCACACAUACAGGAGAAAAUGCAGCAGGAGAUUGACAGUGUGAUUGGAAAACACCGAUGCCCCAACAUGGAGGACAGGAAGUCACUCUCCUUUACAGAUGCUGUUAUUCAUGAGGUGCAGCGUUUUCUGGACAUUGUCCCCUUCAGCCUCCCUCACUACGCUCUGCAGGACAUCACUUUCAGGGGUUACACAAUUCCCAAGGACACUGUGAUUAUUCCCUUGUUGCACUCUGUGCUGAAAGAGGAGAAGCAAUGGGCAACUCCAUGGUCCUUUAACCCCCAGCACUUCCUGGACCAGAAUGGCAACUUUAAGAAAAAUCCUGCAUUCUUGCCAUUUGCUGCAGGAAAGAGAGCCUGUGUUGGCGAGUCUCUGGCUCGUAUGGAGAUUUUCAUCUUCCUAGUGUCACUGCUGCAGCAUUUCACCUUUUCCUGUGCUGAGGGCCCUGACAGCAUAAACCUCAUUCCAGAGUACAGCAGCUUUGCCAAUUUGCCUCGCAGGUACCAGAUCAUUGCCACGCCACGGUGAAAAGAGGAGCUCCCUCAGACAGUCUAUCAUUGCUUAACGUAGUCCUCAUAAGAUGCAGUACAUUUCUGUAUUUUGAUACAACAGUGUUUAUUUUGGGAUUUAGUGGAAACUGUUAACUCUGUGAUUUAGCAGACACGUUUUUGUUUUAUGGUCUUUUGAUGUGCAUAUUUCUUGUUGUAAUCAGUUCUUGGUGACAGUUGUUAACAUGCUUCUCACCCAGCAAAAAUAAAUGUAUUGCCACCAUAAAAAUGCAUUGUUACUAUUACUACUACUUGUAUUACUUUUAUACAAUUGUCAAUCGAUCACUUACUGCAGAAGACGAAACAUGUUUAGAAGUUAUUUUCUUUAUGUUACAUAUUGUGUGAUUCUACCCAGAAUUUGACU